CCGACGACUCAGGAGCGCGCUAUUCAGUGGCAUGCAGUAAAACUGCGUUCCACAUUUAAUAAAUGUAUCAAUGAUUCUCUCUCGCACAAUUGACGUACAUCGAUUAGGGAAUUCAAUUAAACCACGCCCUCAUGGAUAUAUUGUCGCCAUACUUUAUUUGCGCGGGGAUUUCACCGCAUUACCAUGACCUUUACCGCGCGCAUCGCAAAGCGACAGGUGCUCUUCCCCCAUGUGUGACACAUGUGUAUAUAAAACCUACCAUGCGUCAUAUAUUUCCAUUCAGUGAUUGCGCAUCCCGACAUCCACAAACAUUCACCCUUGGAAUCGAUUAUUUCGAUUAAAUCGACCGGCGGGGAUUCGAAACGAACAUGUACAGGAGGACGAACAUUCUGAUCAUGACUGAACUUUUUAUCCUCGGUCACGUGUCCUACGGACUGAGUAAACGACUAAAUCUUACUCAAUUACUAAUUAAGGAAAAUUUGGUACCCGAUUUCUAUCAGUAUCCUCUAUAUGACAUACCAGUGAGGAGAGAUAUCUCUUAUUUACCAGAAGAGAUCUAUGACGUAGAAGAUGCAGCGAAGCAGAAUAAAUUGCAACAGUUGAGCAGAGAUAAUAGAGGUUUGAUACCGGAAUAUCGUAGUCUUUGCGAGACAAUAACUAGAAGAGUAGAAAUUGCCGAUACGGAUUACGAGUAUCAACCUCCACAUUACCAUGAAGUCUUUUGUAAGAAUUCAUUGUUAGAUGACGAUAAUGAAGAAAUAAUGAAAAGAGCUUUACAGCAGCAAUGUGUACAUCCGGGGUUUCAUUGCGUGCAAAAAAGUCGAAUUCUGUUUCUAGCUAGACGACAUUGGGAAAGUGAAUGUUGGGAACCCUAUACAAAGAAAAUUGCUAGUGGUUGUGAUUGCAUGUGGCCUGUUACCACUCUUGGCGAAAUAGCCCAGCAUUAUUAAUUUAGUAGUAAAUUCACAUUUAUUAGUAAAGACAAAAAUUCGUUGCAUAGCAAUACAUGAGAAAACUAUGGAACAUGUAUUUCCAAUAAACAUAAUCUUUCUCUCA